AUGCAUGCUGAGUUUCUGGAGAUUCUGUGUCGCCAUGAGCAAAGAGGCCCGAAUCUGACCGACUGGGCCCCACAGUACGUCGUGCAGCACCCCCGUCGACACACGGCGGAGACGCCCCUGCUCAAGAAGGAAGAGAGCUCCCUCUCAAAGAGGAGGUUUUCCCUCGGAUUUGUGGGAGCGCUUCUUGUCGCCGCCGUGCUCGGCACCGUUGCGGUGCAGCACAUCGCCGUUCCGCGCCAAGCUCCGCUAUCGGAGGCGUCGACGGGCGUUGUGUCCACCUCCACGCCCCGUCUACACGCUGACGUCGGCGCUACCCCCUCCGCCAUCGCCUCGGCUCACGAGAGUGGCGAGCCGGAGCCGCUGACCGACACGCUCACCUCAGAGGAGGAGGAAGAUUUCGCCUUUGACGAAGCCCACCACUUUGAGGAUGACGACGAGGAAGAGGCGCAGUCUGGUCUGGUUGCUGGACUCGGCUCGUCGAUUAAAUCCGCCGCCUCUCUUGGUAAAUGCAAGGACAAGAAGGUCUCCGGAUGCUUUAUUCACAAGAAGAAGAAGUGCGGAUGGCUGUGGUACGAUAAUGGAUGCUCCUCCUGCCAUGCGGGGUAUAAGAAAAACGGCGACUGGAGCUGCCAAAAAUGCGGCGAUAAGAAGGAGGGCUGCGGCGGAUUAUGGUAUGAUAAUGGAAGGUGCGAGACGUGUAAACCAGGCUACGGUAAAACCUCCGAUACGUACUGCCACAAGUGUUACGAUAAGAAAGUUUCCGGCUGCUUAUUCCAUAAAAAGGAGGGCUGCGGAACCCUUUGGUACGACAACGGCAAGUGCGAGACGUGCAUGACCGAUUACAAGAAGAAAAGCGAUACCGUUUGCGAGAAGUGCGGUGACAAAAACGUCGCUGGCUGUUUGCUUCCUGAGAAAGACUUUUGCGGUUCGCCUCCCAUCAUCGCCUACGAUAACGGCAAGUGCCACUCCUGCGUUCCAGGUUGCCAGAAAUCCAGCGAUAAGAAAUCAUGCAAUUGCCAAUUCUGGGAGGAUCAAUGGGAGCAAGUCAAGGAAGAUCCGCUCGGAUACGCGGAAGACAGAUUUGACGACAUCAAGGAGGGCGUCGCCGAGUUGAAUGAACACAUUCAGGACACAAUCGAAAAUCUCAAGAACUUCUUCGAAGGCCUGGAGUGCGAUGUCGAUAUGGACGUUUUGAAGGAGAUGUUCAACGCCUUCAAAGAUAACGUCACCCCGGACUUCUCCUCAAUCCUCGACGUCUUCAAAGGUAAGCAGGAUGACUUCGUCAAGGGCCUCGGCGGCCCACUGUGCGACUUCAUCUGGACAAUGGCGAUACCACAGGCAUCCCUUGUGCUGGACGCGGUGAACGCCGUCGUUGAGAUGGUUGACAAACACUGUCCCGCCCUCAAAAUCGACACGGGCAACAAAGUGCCCACCGUCACCAUUGGCUUCACUCUGGAUGCUGGUAUCGACUCUGGCUUUCAAACCGCCUCCGCAGGCGCUGAGAUUGGCCUUGGAUUUACACUCCGGGGCGACAAGAUUUGCUACGUCGGCGGUUGCGUUGAGUCAGGAAUUAAGAUUCAAGCUGUGCCCGACCCUCCGUUCGGCAUCGACGCCGGCAUCGCUGUCACGCUCUUCAACGACAUCGGGAGCGUCCCUGGCUCGUCCGAGACCAUCUCGUUGGGAGUUGGAGUCGACCUUCCAGCCCCCGUCAACUUUGGUGGGAACGUAGCUGCCACGAUGGUGAGCUCCGGCGGGAAACUGAUCGGGGUGAGCGUGCCCCUUGGUGUUGAGCCCUCAGCUGGACCGCCCGAUAUCGAAUUUUCCUUUGCGGAAGGCCUUUGCCUCACGCCUGUGUGCGUCACCACCGACGGCAACCACUGCAGCGAACAGUACACGCCCGUGGAGGAAAAUGCAAAAUCUGUCGAGGAGAUCUUUGGCGCAGAAGCUGUGGCCAAAUACGAGGAAGCCAAACCUCCUCCUCCUCCUCCUCCUCCUGCCAGCAAGAAGAAGAAAUCGAAAAAAUUUAAGUGGGGAAAAAUUAAGUGGGGAUAA